AUGUACAAAUAUAACAAAAGCAAAUAUUUAGUGCAAGAAGAAGACGGAUUUGACAAAUCAGUAAAAACUUUUGAUAGAACUUUUGAUAGAACUUUUGAUAGAACUUUUGAUGGAACAUUUAAUGGAGCAUUUAAUGGAACAUUAGAUGGAACUUUUGAUGAAGCUAUUGAUGAAACUUUUGAUGGAACAUUUAAUGGAACAUUAGAUGGAACUUUUGAUGAAACUAUUGAUGAAACUUUUAAUGAAACUUUUGAUGAAACUUUUGAAAGAACUUUUGAUAGAACUUUUAUAUUAACUUUUGAUAAAUUAUUCCUAAUAUACAGUGAUUAUCAGGGAAGAAGGCAAAAUGAGGAUUACUUUGGCAAAAAUUUUGAUUAUAUUCUAGAAUUAAAAACAUUUCAAUAUUCAAUAUCAAAAGACUUUGUUGAAAACAAUAAUGAACAGUUACAGAGUUGGCAUUUCCAACCAUUUUGUGUAGCAAACAAUGCCCAUGGUUAUUGGCAAAAUAAUGUGUAUAAAACCGUAACUGCUAAAACUGAUAGCACUUUUAAACAUGAAAUGAUUUUACGGAACCUUGCUGCAUUAUCAAAUGUCAACAAUUCUGCUCAACCAACUUUUUGGUUUUACGGUGAUUCGUUAAAUCUUCUCUUUUUCAGAUCUUUAAAAACAACACCUCUGUGUAAACUUUUUAUUUGUCAGAACACUUACAUAUGGACAUAUCCUGUAACAGAUACAGAAGAUCCAAAUGCUCAACCAUAUGACAAUAAAGACUUUAAUCAAACUAAAUUUCUUGAUAACAUCAAAAUGGUGCUCAUAAAUCCUUUAAUGAGAAAUAACAAUAGUGUUUUAAUUAUUAACUUUGGAUUGCAUAUAUUAAAAAACAUUAAUAUGAGUCAAGCAGAAGAGCUACUUGAUAGCUUUCUUGAUAUGUUGCUGGAUAUAAAGUCAAAGGUUUUAUCAAGUUUUCCAAAAAUUUUAUGGAAAAGUACAACACCAGCGUAUAUAGAAAACUUUUUACUCAAACACGGAAAAAAUAAUUUAGAAAGAACUCUUGUAAAACAGAGAGCAAUUCAUUGGAACUUAUACUGUGUAAAAAAAAUGUGCGAACUAAAUAUACCUGUGUUAGAUGUAUACUGGAUGGCAGCAUCGUAUCCACAAGGUCCAUAUGAUGCUGUACACUAUGAUAGUCACGUAUUUCGUUCAGCAGCCACAUUUUUAAAUAAUUUAUUCACUAAUUCUCACAAUAGUUUUUAAAAAGCAACAAAAAAGUAUAUAAAUAAAUUUGACUUAAUUUUAAAAAAACUUUUUUAAUUUAAAUCUGAAUUGUUACUAAACAUUUUAAAAUUGUUAGCAGUGUGUCAAAAAUCAAGGAUGUAAUCAUGCAAGUUAACAUAAAGCACUAACCCUA